GCCAGUUCCCCUUUCCCCGCACGCACGGGGUGGGGGGAAGGUCGGCCCCACCCGCUGAGCCCUGUUCUCCGCAGGUCCCGGGCCGAUGUCCCAGGUGAGUGGCCAGCACCCUCCUCACUGCGACGCGCCCCAUGAAGCCCCCAGCGCAGCCCCCGGCCCAGCCCAGACCCCCCUUCUGCCUGGGCUGGAGGCAGGAACAGGAUCCACUCACCCUGUGGAGGCAGUGCUAGAAGAGGGCUCCCUGGAGGAGGAAGCACCCCCCAUGCCCCAAGGCAAUGGCCCUGGGGCCCCCCAGGCCCUGGACAGCACUGACCUCGAUGUCCCCACAGAAGCUGUGACACGCCAGCCUCAGGGGAACCCCUUGGGCUGCACCCCACUACUGGCGAAUGGCUCUGGCCACCCCUCGGAGCUGGGCGGCGCCAGGCGGGCGGGGAAUGGUGCCCUGGGUGGCCCCAAGGCCCACCGGAAGUUGCAAGCUCACCCAUCUCUCGCCAGCCAGGGAAGCAAGAAGAGCAAGGGCAGCACCAAAUCUGCUGCCUCCCAGAUCCCUCUCCAGGCACAGGAGGACUGCUGCGUCCACUGCAUCUUGUCCUGCCUGUUCUGCGAGUUCCUGACGCUGUGCAACAUCGUCCUGGACUGCGCCACGUGCGGCUCCUGCAGCUCCGAGGACUCGUGCCUCUGCUGCUGCUGCUGCGGCUCCGGGGAGUGCGCCGACUGCGACCUGCCGUGCGACCUGGACUGCGGCAUCCUGGACGCCUGCUGCGAGUCCGCCGACUGCCUGGAGAUCUGCAUGGAGUGCUGCGGGCUCUGCUUCUCCUCCUGACCCGCGACCCCGCAGGGCCGUCCGAGGGGCGCGGCCCCCGGGCUGCCGCGCCGAGCUCGAUCGGCCCCCUCCCCCCGGCCUCGCUCCUGCACCCAGUGACCUCUCAGAACCCCAGCCCGCGAGGAGGGGGCGCCCCGGGAGCUGG